AUGAUCUCUUCCGUGGCAGCAACCGGAGGGCCAUCAGCUUUCCGGCGUGAUCUCGAGCCAAACACUCUCCGGCUCUCACGCCGGAAAACAUUCAUUUCCUUACUACGUAACUGCGAGAACAUUUCCCAAGUCCCAUCGAUUCACGCCAAGAUCAUUCGGAGCUUCCACGGACAAGAUGCUUUCGUUGUUUUUGAACUUAUCCGUAUCUGUUCCACUCUCGAUUCUGUCGACUACGCCUACGACGUGUUCCGCUACGUAUCAAACCCUAAUGUCUAUCUAUACACCGCCAUGAUCGAUGGUUUCGUGUCAUCUGGUCGCUCCGCCGAUGGAGCCUCGUUGUAUCGCCGGAUGAUUCACGAUUCGGUUCUGCCUGAUAACUACGCGAUCACCUCAGUUCUGAAAGCUUGUGAUUUGGAGCAGUGCAGAGAGAUCCAUUCACAGGUUUUGAAACUCGGGUUCGGGUCUAGCAGAUCGGUGGGGUUAAAACUGAUGGAGAUCUACGGGAAAUCUGGGGAUUUGGUCGAUGCUAAGAAGAUGUUCGAUGAAAUGCCUAAGAGAGAUCAUGUUGCAGCAACGGUCAUGAUAAAUUGCUAUUCUGAAUAUGGUUAUAUCAAGGAGGCGUUGGAGCUGUUUCGAGAUGUCAAGAUCAAAGAUACGAUUUGCUGGACUGCGAUGAUUGAUGGUUUGGUUAGAAACAGGGAGAUGAACAAAGCAUUGGAGCUUUUCAGGAGAAUGCAGACGGAGAAGGUUAGUCCCAAUGAAUUCACAGCUGUUUGUGUUUUAUCUGCUUGCUCGGAUUUGGGUGCGUUGGAGCUCGGAAGAUGGGUACAUUCAUAUGUCGAGAACGAGAAGAUGGAGCUUAGUAGUUUCGUAGGCAAUGCUCUGAUCAAUAUGUAUUCUAGGUGUGGUGAUAUCAAUGAGGCAAAGCGGGUUUUUAGGGGAAUGCAAGACAAAGAUGUCAUUUCAUAUAACACUAUGAUAUCUGGACUAGCAAUGCAUGGGGAAAGCUUUGAAGCCAUCAAGGAGUUUCGGGAUAUGGUGAACAGAGGAUUUAGGCCGAAUCAGGUGACUUUGGUUGCUCUUUUAAACGCAUGUAGCCACGGAGGUUUGUUGGAUAUAGGGCUUGAGGUUUUUAAUUCCAUGUCGAGAGUUUUCAGUGUUGAACCGCAAAUUGAGCAUUAUGGAUGUAUUGUUGAUCUUCUUGGUCGAGUUGGGCGACUAGAGGAAGCGUACAGAUUCGUAGAAAACAUGCCUGUAGAACCGGAUCAUAUCAUGUUAGGAGCUCUUUUGAGUGCUUGUAAGAUCCAUGGGAACAUGGAGCUCGGUGAAAAAGUCGCCAAGAGACUGUUCGAGUCUGAGAGUUCAGAUUCUGGGACGUACGUUCUGUUAUCGAAUAUUUAUGCUUCAUCAGGGAAAUGGAAAGAAUGUACUGAUAUCAGAGGAAGUAUGAGAAAAUCAGGGAUUGAGAAGGAACCAGGAUGCAGUACUAUCGAAGUGGACAAUCAGAUUCAUGAGUUCCUUGUGGGCGAUAUAACACACCCUGAGAAAGAAGCAAUUUAUAAGAGAUUACAAGAACUGAAUCGAAUUCUUAGAUUCGAAUAGAAUGAGCCGGAUAGUUUAAGGGGUUUGCUGGAUGUUAAUAAUUUGUAGUCACAUACACACAUUGUACUCAGGCAAGUAUGUCUCAAUUCCUCA